AUGUCACUCUUUAAACGGACAGCGCAUGUCCUAUCACCUCACGCCAGACCUUUUCUCCCAAUCAGUACCACUCGACGUCAGGCCUCAACACCAUGCGCCGGCCGCAGGAGCUUUCACCUUGCGUCUACGGUUGGCGACACCAUUCGCAUGACUGCUGAUGCCUUCAGCUGGAUCCACGUCAACGCCGGCAUGCCGUGGUAUGUCGCCAUUCCACUGCUGGCCAUCGGCGUCAACGCCACACUUCGUUUCCCUCUCCAACUCUACACGGCCCGCCUCCGGCAGAGGAGGGCUGAACUGCAACCUUUGCUCAUGGCCUGGGCGGCUCGCCAUACCAAGACUAUCAUGCAAGAGCAAAGGCACGUCCCUGAACCCGUUCAGCGCGUCCGCACCGCAGGCCUGGUUGAAAAGUCACGGCGCAGAAUCUACAAGAACUGGGGCACCCAACGGUGGAAGGGAAUGGCACCAAUGAUCAGCAUCGUCCCCUUUCUCACCAUCUCCGAGGCACUACGGAGGAAGUGCGGUGCGCCGGUGGGCUGGAUCAGCAACUCGGUCGGGUUGGGCAAUCCGGACUCGGCGACUGCAGGUCUAGGUGCUGCGAGCAGCAUGUUUGACGAGUCAUUGGUCAACGGGGGCUGCCUCUGGUUCAACGACCUCAGCAGCAUGGAUCCCUACUUUGGGCUCCCCAUCAUUUGCUCGGGCAUCUUGGUAUGGAACACUUGGGGCAAGAUGUCCAAAGAGCAUCUGCAAUCCCUGUUGACCAUAAAUCUGCCGGACAGCAAAAAGGAUGUUGCUUCUGAUGCCAACCUUUCCGCUCCUCUUUGCGGAUCUCCCGAGCGCCAUCUUCAUCUACUGGGGUUCUUCAUUUGCCCUCACAGGCAUCAAUGA